AUGUCCGCCGCCGCCGCCCUUCCGCUCGACGUCCUCCCGCUGAUCCUCGAACACCUCGCCGACCGCCGUGACCUCUGUACGUGCGCGCAGCUCUCCAAGGUCUUCCACUAUGCCGCGACACCGCUGCUGUACCGCACGCUCGACGUGCGCAUCACCACCCACAAGGGCCUCGAAGCGUCCGUCGUGCAUCCUUCUAUCACGAUCCUCCAGAAGCCAGAAUACGCCAAGCAUGUGCGUCACGUUUCCGAAACUGCUUCAGUCGGCUGUUACAGACCCGACCUGCUUGAAGGUUCGCUGAAAGCCCUCCGCAUGUACGUCAACCUGGAAGGCUUCACCUGGAGUGGCGACAUGGCCGAGGGCUCGUCCGGCGAGCGCGAGUUUAUGUCCUACCUCGACAUCCUCCGCGAGCUGCCCGUCCGGGAGCUCGUCAUGCGGACCUUCUACGGGCUCUCGGACGACGUCUGGGAGGCGCUGCACGCGUUCACCGGGCUGCACAAGGUCUCGAUCUGGUGCAUGGAGGGCAAGCCGCGCAUCCUCCAGGGCUGGUCCGAAAAACUCGGCGAGAGCCUCACACACCUCGAGCUGGGCCGUUGUUCAGGUGUUCCCGCCUCGAUCCUCAUCACAGUCCUCGCCCACCUCCCGCGCCUCCGCGCGCUCCGCCUCAAGGGCGCGUCCUCAGCCGCCAUCCUCGAGAUCCUCACCUUCCUCCCACACCUGCACUCGCUCGACACCGAGUACUUCGGGGCCGCCGCGCUCUCGCGCUACGACGACAUCCCCGCCGCGCGCCUCCGCGAUCUCACCGUGCGCACGAGCACGGUCGACCCGCAGGGCCUGCAGCAGCUCUGGACGUGGAUCCGCCGGCUCACGCCCGCCCCGAGCCUCGAGAGCUUCACGCUCAACGCGUUUUCCACCGCCGGCGAGCAGUUCAUCCCCCGCGGCUUUCUGCUCGACAUGGCGACGAUCCACAAGGACACGCUCAAGCACUUCACCGCGGACUCGACGCAGAUGUCCCUCGCGGACGUCGAGUGCCUCUGCACGCUCUUCCCCGCGCUCGAGACGCUCUCGUGCUCAACGAUCUGGAGCCCAGAGGGGACUCCUUACGAGGCGGUCGUGGCGAAGGCCAACAACCUCCGCACCCUUCGAUUCUACCAGUCCAAGUGGCGGAGGGGAGAGUCGGACGCUAUCAUCAAGUCCGUGCGGAAUAUGAUGCUUCGCGAGAGCUCUGUCCUCAGGCUGAUCGGUAUCGGGAACUUGAUAUAUAUCGGACGAUGGGUCUGCAAAACAGACGAGGAUGGCACAAACCGCGUUGAGUUUGACAUCGUUUCUGGCGUCAUGCAAGAUACGUGGGACUAA